AUGGCAUCCCUCACAGCUGGUGCUGGAAAGACAUUUUUGAGCUCUCUUAUGAUGGAUAGCCUAAGAUCUGAGGCGAAGAUAAAGGAAUACGGAGUAGCACACAUCUAUUUCAAUUAUAAGGAACAAGAGCAACAGACACCGGUAAAAGCCCUUGCUAGUCUAGUUAAACAACUCGCCUGCCAAACCAGCUACGUUCCCGACGCCCUUGAGAAGCACUACGAUAAGGAUCAUGGGAAAGCACCUACAGUUGAAGAGCUAUAUAUAGCACUCCUUGAUAUUUCAGAAAGAUUUACGAAAACGUUUCUCGUAUUCGACGCAUUGGACGAGUGUGACUAA